UGCACAUUCCUCCCACCGCAGGGCUUGGCUCUCAAGGCCACAGCCCACAUGCCUGCUUAAAGCCCUCUUCAUGCCCUGCCUUCGGCCAGUCCCUGCCGAGGCUAAGCAGACACCCCAGGACCCGUGUGCAGUCCCUGUUCAGAGGAGGGAGAGCCAUGUCUGACACGGAGGAGGUGGUGGAGGAGUAUGAGGAGGAACAGGAAGAAGCUGUAGAAGAAGAGGAAGACUGGAGUGAAGACGAAGACGAACAAGAGGAGGCAGUGGAGGAGGAGGAUGGCGGGGCCGAGGCUGAGCCUGAGGGUGAGGCGGAGACAGAGGAGACCAAAGCAGAAGGUACGCCAGAGGUUGGCCUCGAUGAAGAAGCCAAAGAUGCUGAAGAUGGUCCAGCUGAGGAGUCCAAACCCAAGCCCAGGCUCUUCAUGCCGAACUUGGUGCCACCCAAGAUCCCCGAUGGAGAGAGAGUGGACUUUGAUGACAUCCACAGGAAACGCAUGGAGAAGGACCUGAAUGAGCUGCAGACGCUGAUCGAGGCUCACUUCGAGAACAGAAAGAAGGAGGAGGAGGAGCUAAUCUCUCUCAAAGACAGGAUCGAAAAGCGACGGGCAGAACGGGCCGAACAGCAGCGCAUUCGUAAUGAGCGGGAGAAGGAACGGCAGAACCGCCUGGCUGAAGAGCGGGCCCGGCGUGAGGAAGAGGAGAACAGGAGGAAGGCCGAGGAUGAGGCCCGGAAGAAGAAAGCUCUGUCUAACAUGAUGCAUUUUGGAGGGUACAUCCAGAAGCAAGCUCAGACAGAGCGCAAGAGUGGGAAGAGGCAGACCGAGCGAGAGAAGAAGAAGAAGAUCCUGGCUGAGAGGAGGAAGGUGUUAGCCAUUGACCACCUGAAUGAAGACCAGCUGAGAGAGAAGGCCAAAGAGCUAUGGCAGAGCAUUCACAACCUGGAGGCGGAAAAGUUCGACCUGCAGGAGAAGUUCAAGCAGCAGAAAUAUGAAAUCAAUGUUCUGCGAAACAGGAUCAACGACAACCAGAAAGUCUCCAAAACCCGUGGGAAGGCCAAAGUCACUGGGCGCUGGAAGUAGAGACAGCGCUGCUCUUGCCAAAUCUCUGACCUUUGCCUGAGUCCCUGCCCUGGGCAUCCCAGCUCGGGUCCUCCUGGGCACCCAAUGCAGACUCCUGUCUGGAAAGUGAGCGCUGGGCUAGCUAGAAGCCAGUCCUCGUCCUGACCCCUAUGCCCAUACCACUCCAGGAAUAAAAGGCCAGCACACUGCA